CAGGCUAACCACCAUUACUAACGACAUCCUUUUAGGGUGGUCCCACGCCGUUGAUUCAACGCCUGCCUCAAUCGGACGGACCAAAAUUAAAGCAAAUAUGCUAUUGCUAAUAUUGUGACUGACUCGGUCCAUUUGCUGGCCAACUUCUAUUUAUAUAUAUAUAAAUAUAAAUACACACACGAAGACCUUGCAUAUGGAGGAGGAGAUCAACGAUUUUGAAUUCAAAACACUUUUCUCUCAUCAAAUCCCACAAAUUCCACUCCUGUUUCUGCAAAUAUUCAAAUUUCGCUGCAAUUUUGGGUCGUUUCUAGUCUCCUUUCCGUGGAUUUUGUCGUUGUUGGUCUGGAUUUCUGCUCGCGAUUGAAAUUACGCGAAAAUGGAUUCGAAUUGGAGUUUAUGCUUCUGUGAGGCGGUCGGGGUUUGAGGAAUUUCUGAGGUUUUUGGGGAUUCGGAAGCCUUGAUUGCAAAAUUGGAUUCGAAAUUUUGCGCGAUUGGAUUUAGGAUUAUCGGCUUCCUUCAGGAAUCGAUUGAAAUCUCUGACUCGGAUCCAUGGGAGUUCAGAAGGACAGAGUUCGAUUCAACGUCGGCGGUAGAAGGUUCGAGACCUCCGCCACGACGCUCGCCAACGCCGGCCGGAAUUCGCUCUUCGGCGCCAUGUUCGACGACGAUUGGAACCUCCAAUCCGCCGCCGCCGCCACGGAGCACUUCAUCGACCGGAACCCUAACUGCUUCGCCGUCCUCCUCGAUUUGCUCCGUACGGGGGAGCUUUACCUGCCCCCAGACAUUCCCGAGAAGCUCCUCUACAGAGAGGCCAUGUUCUACGGCCUCCUCGACCACGUCCGCGCCGCUAAAUGGGGUCCGUUUGACGGCAAUCUGCUCCACCUCACCCAAUCCGUCUCGGGCCGGGCCCCCGGCGACGGAACCGCCAUCCGGGCCGGGCCUGACGGCGGCUGCUGCGUGGCUCACGGCGUUAUGGUCCACGUUUACGAUUGGAUGCUGGAGGAGCAUCCGCCGAUCAGCCUCGAUUACCAGAGGGUAAACGACGCCGUUUGGGUCGAUCCGGAGAACAUUGUGAUCAGUGCUUGUGAGAGAUUAGGCCGCGACGAUGGCGGAAUCGGUCUGUUCAGCGCAUCCACAGGGGAUUUACGGCAUAAGUUCAACGUGACGCACGAGAAUCAAAUCAAGCCCUACACCGGCGGCGCAUUGAGCUUUACCUCCGAUUACAAGCUCUUCAGCAGCUGCAAAGGCCGGAGCAAUGAGUACGGUGUCGGCGUGUGGGAUCAAAUGACCGGCCAGCAAGUUGACUUCUUCUACGAGCCGCCGGGAUGGUCUCUCGGCGAGGCCGACAAGCUGCAAUGGCUGAACGACGCGAAUUGCUUGCUCGUCGCCACAUUGUUUCCAAGGAAGGACAAUUGUUACAUAAGCCUGUUGGAUUUCCGGAGCAAGAGCAUGGCGUGGUCGUGGUGCGACGUCGGGACGGCCACGGACGAGCGGAGGGUGCGGGAUGCGGUUGCGAUGGAAGGAGGAGCUGCGUCGAUAUGCGUGGUGAACGAGUACGAGGAUUUGGGGUUCAUGGACUUGCGACGCGCCGGCGGGGGCGGCGGAGUUCGGUGGAGCUCGAGGAGCCGUAGCCGGUUGAUGAAGGGGAGAAUGCCGGACGAGCCGUGCUACCCGAAGCUGGCGGUGCACGACGGGCAGCUGUUUUUGUCGAUGAACGAUAGUAUAUCGGUGUUUUGUGGGUCGGAUUGGGUUUUGACGUCGAGGCUUAGGAAUGGCCGGGGGGGUUCGAUUUGCGACUUUUCGAUCGGCGGAGAUCGGCUGUUUGCGCUGCAUAGUGAGGAGAAUGUGUUUGACGUUUGGGAGACUUGGCCGUCGUCGUCGACGAUUAUGUGAUUCUUGACAGGUACACUUUUAACGUUGUUUUACUAUUCAUACAUGUACGUAUGUAUGUUAUGUGUGUGUAUAAAUGUUGAUUUGGAAUGGAGUUUAGAUGGGAAAAGUGGUAGGGGAAAAAUUGAUAGUGAUAAUAGAUUUUGGUUAAGAACCUCAAACAUAGAAAUGCAUAGAUAGAUAGAUAGAUAGAUGAGAAAUGUGUUACAGGGCAAUUCAAAUAUCCCUCAAUUGAACAACUAUUGUUUGUUUUUUUGGAUAGUAUUUGAGAUGGCUCCAUCAAUUAUUA